AUGAAGUUUCCCACGCUUCCAGGCAAGAGCCACCGCGACAGCUCCUCCUCCUCAGACGGAAAACAAGUCGCAGAAGACAUCGAGAAGACGCACCACGAACAUGACAACCUCACACCCGAUCCAGACGAGGGUCUCAGCGACGCUGAGCGCGCAAAGAUUGACCGCCGUCUCCUCUGGAAGCUCGACCUGCGCCUCAUCCCCUGGCUCGCCCUCCUCUACCUCAUCAGCUUCCUCGACCGUACCAACAUCGGCAACGCGCGCCUCGACGGGCUCGAAAAGGCGCUUCACAUCACAGGCGGCCAAUACAACGCCACCCUCAGCAUCUUCUUCGUUUCCUACGCCCUUUUCGAGCCCUUGACCAACAUCCUGCUCAAGAAGCUGAGGCCGAGCGUCUUCAUUCCGUGCAUCAUGAUGCUGUGGGGCGUCACUAUGGUGACGAUGGGUUUGACGCACAAUUUUCAGGGCAUGAUGGCUGCGAGGUGGUGGUUGGGGUUUGCCGAGGCGGGGUUGUUUCCGGGUAUCAAUUACUAUUUGAGCUGUUGGUACAAGAGGUCGGAAUUCGGUGUGCGCGCCGCAAUAUUCUUCUCGGCCGCAGCUGUCAGCGGCUCCUUUGGUGGAUUGCUUGCAGCCGCGAUCGGCUUGAUGGAUGGAAUUGGUGGGAAAGGGGGAUGGGCAUGGAUUUUCAUCUUGGAAGGGCUGGCAACGGUGCUGAUCGGUAUUGCGAGUUUCUGGAUGGUAUUCGACUUCCCGGACGAGGCGACAUUCUUGAGCGUUGAUGAUCGAAGGAGAGUGAUUAGGAGGUUGAAAGAGGAUAAGCAGAGCUCUGCAGAGCAUGAAAGCUUCAAGAUGGAAUAUUUCUGGGCCAGCGUGAAGGAUUGGAAGACGUGGCUGUAUGCAGUCAUCUACAUGGGCUGCGAUGGGCCGUUAUACGCCUUCUCGCUAUUCUUACCGUCAAUUAUUCAAGGCCUUGGUUACAAGUCGACCCGCGCUCAGUUACUUUCCGUCCCUCCUUACGCUGCUGCCGCUGUUCUCACAAUCAGCAUUGGUUACAUCGCUGACCGUACCCACCAACGUGGUCUGUGCAACAUGGGAUGCGCCCUCAUCGGUAUUACUGGCUUCGCCAUGCUCGAAGGCGGCACCACACCCGCGGUGCAAUACGCCGGCACGUUCCUCGGCGCGCUAGGAAUCUACCCUUGUAUUGCGAACACGAUCGUAUGGGCUGCCAACAAUACAGAAGGCGUCUACAAGAGGGGCGUGACGUUAGGAUUUGUGAUCGGAUGGGGAAAUCUCAAUGGGGUCGUCGCGAGCAACAUCUAUCAGACUAAGAACAAGCCAUUAUACAGACCAGGACAUGGAACAGUGUUGGGGUAUCUGUCGCUGUUUCUGCUGGGGGGAAGCGCGUUACAGUAUUUCUUGCUUGGCAGGGAAAACAAGAAGAGACUGAAUGGCGAGAGAGAUGGCUGGGCAGAGGGGAAGUCAGAGAAGGAGGUGGAGCGCUUGGGGGAUUGGAGACCGGAUUUCAUCUAUACGCGAUGA